AUGAUAUUAAACCCGAAGAAAUAUGUCUUUGGUGUUGAGUCAGGUAAAUUCCUCGGAUUUUUAAUUGAUCAACGUGGAAUUGAGGCUAACCUUGGAAAAAUUCAAGAUGUCUUGGACAUGAAGUCUCCAAGAACAAUUAAAGAAGUGCAAAGACUGACCGGCUAUUUGGCAGCACUCGUCGACCGACCACAAGCCAACGGCCAGGUAGAAGCCUAUAACAAGUUGAUCUCCAAUGGUAUCAAGCGCAAGCUUGAAAAAGCAAGAGGCCUAUGGGUUGACGAGCUGGUCAAUGUAUUAUGGUCCAUACGAACAACAACAAAGAGUUCCACAGGAGAAAACCCAUUCUUCUUGGUCUGUGGUGCUGAGGCAGUUCUCCCAAUUGAGAUGUACGAGCCUACUCUCAGGGUGAUGUUAUAUGAUGAAACGGCCAAUUGGGAGGCCAUGAAGACCGCCCUGAACUUUCUUACAGAGGCCAUGGGAAAUGCGGCGCUUAGGCACAAAAUUUAUCGCUUGAGGAUGACAAGGGCAUAUAAUCGCCGAGUGUUAAAGUGUCCGCUAAAAAUGGGAGAUCUGGUGCUGAGAAAGAUAGAGGUUGUAGGCCGAGCAAAUGAAGAUGGCAAGUUGACCCCAAACUGGGAAGGGCCAUAUCGAAUCAGUGAAGAAGUCUGA